CAAAAUACGGCAUCCUCAUUCACUUCAACUUGACAGCACUCGGCAACCAUACGCGUUGUACUCACAACUAGACUGGACACACUCAAACCAUUACUUCACUGUCAAUUCCACACCUGACCUCUUGUCACACCUCUACAUCAUCCGGCGCAAAGAGACCACCACCCACCUCACAUCCCUCAAAACGCAAAACACAAAACCUGCAACUGUACCAGGACCACAGCUCUCUCAGUCAAAACAGCUACCAUCACAAUCAAACCAUGAGCGACGCAGACGAUGAUUACAUGAACAUGUCCUUCACGGACCCCACCCCCAACGCUCCAAAAACCUCCCUCCAACGCCACCAAGAACGCCGACGUCUAGCCUCCCUAAAAGCCACGCCCAAAACAAAACGCGAACUCGAAGCCGAAGCAGAACGCUCUCGUCAACUCGCCCUCUCCACCUCUUUGCUCUCGCAACCGGAAUCAAAAACAAGCAAGGGAGCAGCCAUGAUGGCGAAAAUGGGCUAUAAAGCCGGUUCCGCAUUGGGGAAAUCAGAGGGUGCGAGGACGGAACCGAUAGAGAUAAGUGUCAAGGAAGGCAAAGGGGGUAUUGGGAUGGAUAAUGAGAAGAAGAGGAAGAUUAGAGAGGUUAUGGAGGAGAUGCAGGGUAAGGAGAAGAGGCAAAAGGCUGAUGAGGGGGAGUAUCGUGAGAGGGUUGCGAGGGAGAGGGAGGAGAAGAGGGGAGAGGGGAUGUGGUGGGGUGCUAUGAAGAUUUGUGAGAAGUUUGACACUGAAGAGGAGGAGGAGGAAGGGAAGACGAAGGAGAGGGGGAAGGAAAAGGCAAGGAACGUGAAUUUGCUUUGGAGACCUCUUGCCAUGCAGCGGGAACAGAAGAGCAAAGACAUGGUGUUACGAAAAGGCGCACUCGAUUCUUUGUCUUCUCGCUAUCAGGAUGAUGAAGCAGAUGCAGAUGAUAAACUUGCUCUGGGUCAGGAAGUUGAAGAGUACGAGGAUGAAGAGGAGGACACAGAGUUGGAUGAAUAUCUGGCCAUGGAGAUUGGCGAGAGACUUGGAAAGGUUGUGGGAUACUUGAGGGAGAAGUAUCACUACUGCUUUUGGUGCAAGUUUAGGUAUCAAGAUGCAGAGAUGGAGGGAUGUCCUGGUUUGACAGAGGAAGAUCACGAUUGAUGGCGACGAGACAAGAUUGAGCAGGAACACGAAACGUGAACAAGAAGAGAAAGAUUGAGCGGUGUGCUUAUAUCCAGAUGCUACUACUAUACAACUAUGAUACCCAGAAGAGGCCACAAAAUAGCCCCCGUUUCUAUAUACACACGAACAUGCAACCCACACUAGAUAUCCGAACACGUCUUGUCUCCAGUCUUGAUCUCAGGCGACUGCAAAGCAAUAGCAGCAGUCCUAAUACUCUCUUCCGCCACCCCAACAUCCCCAUGCACCCUAACCAACACCAAUCUGAUAAACUCGCUCACCAAAUUCAAACUCUCCUCUUGACGCGUCUCUAUUUCCAUCUCUGCAAUAUCGAUACCCCUGUCCGCAGCAGCUUUCGCUCUCUUCUGCGCCAAUGCCGCCAUAACCUUUGACGUAUUUUUAAGACGCAACUGGUCGGCGGGUAAC